UCAAAUUACUAGAACUGCACGCCGUCUUUCUGGAUAAUACAUAUGGGGAAAUGAUCCAGAAAACGACACACAGUGCGACUCUAGAAAUGGAACUCGUUUGACGAUAAGAAUAUAAGAUACAAUACGCUUCACAUGAUCCAAGUGUUUUGUGUUUUUCCCUCCAUGGCUGCUUCUUCGGUCACUUGCUCACUCCCUCACCUUCCACUAAUCAAAUCUCCGAAUCCGACCCGAGUACCCAGAGGAUUCAGAUUCCUUGACCUGAAUCCGCUUCGCAGCACUGUCCAUGGAGGUCGGAGCUCGGUGAUUAGACCGACGGCGGUCCGAGAAGACGACCGGAGAACGGCCGAUGAAGCGAUGAGCAUCGACAAUUUGCACCGGUUCAUCGAUCUUAACAUCGGAAGAUGGACUGGUUCCUUUCAUCAAUUUGAUGGCGAUGGAAAGUUGUUGCAUAAGAUCGAUACGCGGCUUUCGGUUAGUUCAUAUGGAGAAGAUGAGCUCAGCAGCCUCAUUCAAUCCUUAUAUAUAAAGCAACGGCCAUCCACCACUUCCGUAGCUGAAGAAGAGGAAGAACCUGAAUGGGUAGAGUACAAAAUAAAAGAGACCAAUAUGUUCACAGUGGACAAAUAUCAGCAGAUUGGUUUUUUCCCCAACGAGAAGGCAUUCUCGCUGAGGUAUCAAACUGCUGGAAUGUUGGAGACAGUUCUGAGGCAGGGUGUGCUUGGGGAAGACGAUACUGGAGAAGAAUCACCGAGAUUUCUAAAGCUUCCAUCCCGGCGGCCUUCUGUGGUAUGUGAAAACUGCUUGUAUUCUCAGGGGAUGGAUCGAAGGGCAAGAGCCUUUCACAUCAUGGAUCCCAAAGGUGCUCUGGAAAUGCUUCUCGUUUUCCUUGAAGACAGAGGAGAGGGGAUUCUCGUUCAUCCAGACCUUGAUAAUUUUAAGGAUGAUGCAGAAAGGAUUACCCCGUUUCUUGGCAAAUGGAAAGGUCAUUCAGUGACGAAACGCAGCGGUGUCUAUGGAGCAACAAUCACUGAAGCCGAUACAAUUUCUGUACUUGAAAUGGAUGACAAGGGUCAUUUAGUUCAGGAUAUUUCUUCAACAUUGGGCGAGAGAGAUGUUACAACCAAUGUGCAAUGGGCAGGCACAAGAUCCAACAACUUGGUUAUGUUCGAGGAAGGAUACCAGAUAACGCUGUUACCGGGAGGAAUGUACAUGGGAUGCCCCUGUGACAUUGCAAAGAGUGUUGCUGAAUCAAAAUCCUUCCACCUGGAAUUCUGCUGGCUUGAAUCACCUGACGCAAGACAGAGACUUGUUCGUACAUAUGACAUGGAAGGCUUGGCUGUCUCUUCCACUUAUUUUUCUGAGAUCAAAUUGUAAGUUUUCUUCUUCCUCUAGCUGUGUAUGUUCUUGUUUUGUCUGAUAUUUCUGUACUGUUGCAAAUCUGUUCUUGAUAUAUUUUUUUCCUUGAAUAAACAAUAUUGUAUGC